AAAGACUGAGCAUACAUAUGUGCACACCUACCAAGUGUUUAUUAUCUCCGCUUUAUCAGUGCCUCUCUUCAGGAAUGGACACUUAGUCAGAGCUGUGUGACUCUGUGUGAAGCUUCCUCCAGGCCGAGCCUCCACACUCUCUCUCUCUCUCUCUCUCUCUCCCUCACUUUCUCUCUCAGCAUCCUCGCAUCCCGCGCCUCUGCUCCGCCGGAGAUGGGACGAUGAUAUGGGAUUUUUCAUGUCGACGAAGAUCUCGGGGAUUCUUCUUCUGGCGGCUGCUCUGGUGUUCCUGGGCCUCGUCGUGCCAGGAGACUCAGCAGAUGUGAGGUGCGAGAACGUUUACAGGGACUUUUCCGAAUGUGUGCUGGUGCUGGGAGACAGCAUGGACAACUACCAGGAGAACGUGACCAGUGAGAGGGGAGUGGCAGCCGUGUGCAGCCACUGGGAAGCGUUCCACACAUGUGCCCUCACAGCGCUGUCCGACUGUCAGGAGGAAGUCAGCUCCAUCUGGGAGACGCUGAGGCAGGACUCCAGGAAGAUGCGCUUCCAGGGAAGUCUGUUCGACCUGUGUAGCCCCAGCUCUGCUCCCAGCACAUGUUCACAUGUCGCUGCCCUUACACUGCCACUGAUGCUGAUCAUGAGUGGGUCCAGCUGGUCCUCUGUAUAAGAUGGGGUGGGUUGGAGGUGGGAGUUGGGAGAUGGGAGAGGAAAGGAGGGUCUCACAAAUCACAUUCCCCAGAGUUCCGUCGUUCCUGAGUUCACACUUAAAGCCAUGGAUUAAGGAGACAAAUGUUUUAUUGAGAAUUACUUUGACACAGAGCCAAGGAUGCCUUGUGGCAAACCAAUCAAUAUUUGCUCAGAUGAAUAAUGUCUGAAAUCCUCUCAAAUACUUCACAGCUUGAUCGUCCUUUAUGUCAAAGAAAACAAUUUAUCUUCCAAUUGUCAGUCCAGAGAGACCAGAGCCUGCACUCAGUCUGUGGAUGUAAAACACGAUGCAUCGCCUCAGUGAGAUCAGUGGCACUUUGGGUUAAGAUGGACACAACAAUAAAUGAGAGACUAGUAUCGACUGACACGUCCAAUACUUUAUAAGAAGGUAAAUAAGAUAUUUCUCACCAUUCCGUUGAUGUAGAGCUCCAUAUGUUAGCACCACUUCAACCUCCAGUGACUUUGUAAAUACAACAAAACCAUACAAACGUAUUUAGCUUCCACACUGUGGGAAAAGUUUGAAGGGAUCAGACCAGAGAGCUAUAAACUCUUAGAAUGAUGAAGAUACUGAAACGUGAAUAAUCUACAUCAGCCUGAGAGAUUAAAGCUGCAGUGUGUAACUUUAAACGUCUGUUCCAUUCAAACCAAAUCAAAAGACUUCACACCAGUGCUGGGCGGUAUACUGGUGCAUACCAAUAACCAGCGUUUAUGUUUUUAUGAUAAUCCUUCAUAUACUGCAAGACUGGUAUAUGAGAAACAGAAGGCGGCAAAACACUGUUCAAGGGGGACCCUUUUCACUGCUGCACCACAGGACUUAGCUGAAGCAGUAACUGUGGUAAUAACUGUGUGUUAUUAGCGUCCUAAUAAUGUAUGCAGUUACGCACACACACACACUUAACUGUGCCACUCCCUUCCUCAAUACAAGCAGCCACAAACACACACACACACACACACAUGCUGGGGCACUCACUCAUGCUCUUGCAUCAAAAAAUACCGUUGUAUGCAGUGAAAGCAUUGAAAUAUUUAUUUUAAUUGAAUACGAUGAUAUACUGUAAAUGUUUGGUCAUAUAUCACCCAGCACUACUUCACACAAUCCUGACCAAGUGUAUAUCAGCUAAACACAAACAAGUAUAGACGUGUUUUGAUCUUGUGUCGCUAUUUUGAAUGUGGGAGUAAAAGGUUGACGCGUGGGAGUGUCGCUGGAGUGUCAUUCGGUGCGGUUUCCUACUGUACCAAAUGACACUUUCAGCUACAGCUUUGUUCAAACUUAAUUUGUGGAAAAAGUGACACAGGUGGGGAUUUGUUUUAUCUCAAGACAGGCGGAGGCAAGGGCAACAUUUGCUGUGUUUCCAUCAUGGUGCGGUGCGGUUCGGCCGCGUCAGUGAGAUUAACGACAGCGAACGACGACAUCCAGCAGCUCUUUUUUAGAAUAAACUGUGUUAAAGAAACACUGUUCGCAAGAGAGCUGUUGCUUAAUCAGCUGUCUGUCGUGGGUGGAGCCAGUCGAGCUCCACCCUGAACCUUACAGUACCAUUUUAUUCUGGUAGCCCAAGCGGAGGGUUGGGGGUGGUUAUUUUGGUACUGUUCCUGAUGGCAACACCAAAAAAAAUGACAUAACGUAUUGUACCAAACCGAACCGUUCCACACGAUGGAAACAAGGUUAUAGUGACACGACUGCAAACAGGUUAGAGUGUGACUGAAAACACAAAGAAGAUUCUAUUAAAAGUUUUAAAAGAUCAGCAGUUUAAUGGGACAAAUGUUCUUUGUCCCCGCCCCCCCUGACCUGCCGCUGUAUACACAUAAACAACCCCUCAAUUAUACUUGAUUUUGCAAGAAUCGCCAAAGGUUACACACUGUAGCUUUAAUGAUACUAAAUGUACUGUAGGUGGAAUGUACCUUUAACCUUUUCUCACAUUACCUGACAAUCAAGCCACUCGUAUUUACCCUCCAACAUUUCAGCUCACUGUGGCUGAUGUUGCACGGCUGCUAUAAAGACACCAAAAACUGGCAUCUGACAUCAGGCAUCGCACGUCCACUCCUCCAGCUCCUCUCUCGCUCUCCCCCGAGCCUCGAGCCACACAGUCAUUAAACGUCUGACCUGUUAAUGUUUGUCUCUUGUGAACGUGCUCACGUGUCCUCAUCACGUCCUCAUCACAAGUGUGACCGGACCUUUACUUCACAUUACGCCAAUAAUGCAAAAAAAAACAAGGGAAACACACAAUCUGUAGAUUUUCAGAGAGACAAGUUUGUAUCUCAGUCCAUCACAAAAGCAUGAUUACAUUUUCACAAAUUAUCAUAUUUUAAUACUCAAGACACUGUAUUCAUUUGAAUUUAUGUCCCUAUAUUCAUCGCUAAUGAAGUCAAAUUAUAUGCAAAAGCAGAGUUACGGCUGCUGUAAUUAAAAACCAUAUCCUCUACUCUUUUUUUUUUCUUAGAUUAAUGGUACCAAUUAAACAUCUACCAGUUCAUGCACUGAAUAAUUAUGCUGUUAAACAAAGAUUCCAAGGUGUAAUUUGGGGGUAAAUUGGGCCUGAAAGCCCAGAAAACGCGAAAGCAGCAAAGAAAACAGCAGGGAAUCGAAGAGAAUGUGUGCUCAAGUUCAAAGCAAUACAAUCUCCAUCGUAUCCCAUUGAUUCUUUUUGAUGAGCACCACCAAAUUAGUAAUUAGGAGAAGUUAGAUUUUAAAAAAAUGUGACAUUAUUAAUUUAUGGUAAGAAUAAUAUAGCCAGAGCAUUAAUUUCUGUUUUUCACUUGCACAUUUCCUUUGUGAUGCUGCUAGUGGACAUCUAAAUAUCAUUUCUGAAUUUUCCUCAUCUCGUUUUAUCACAAAUGCAUGACAAUGUCUGUGGCAGUGGCUAACUUGGACAGUGUGCAGUCAGUGGUAUCAAUCUGUGCAUGAAGUGACACUAGCUCCUACGUGUGUGCGCGUGCGUGUGUGUGUAUCAGCAUCCUUUCUUAUGCAGACUCAUUAGCCGACCGCCCUCACGCCCCCGUUACAUCAGCAUGUUUGUUCUAGUUUUGAUUAAAUUCACGUUCCACAAGUGGUAGCCUUACGUCAUGUGUGUCUGGUGACGAGAAUACAAAAAAAAAAAACAAGUCGUGGUGUAUCCUCCAAGCAUGAGCAAUAUGUGCGGUCACUCUCUGCUGUCCUCUCUAAAGAGACAACUCCUGAUUCAUCGUAUGCCGUUUAGUAAAAGCAUGAAAAUGACUGUGUUAUCACGAGCAUUACUCCAUUAAAACUUACCAUGGAAUCAGUUUAAACAUGGACAGAGCUACUGAAUGUAACGUCAGUCAGUCAGUAUCUGUGUGAUUUUUUUUUUCUUCAACUUACUGAUAGAAAAGCACAUUAUUUACAAGAUUGCACUGUACAAAGCAAUAUAUGGAGAUAUUUCUAAUAAAGCACCAAGUGUAUAACAGUG